AUGGACCUGCCAUCUUUAUUGCUUUGUAUAUUGUUGGAAGUCCUGGCUGUGAACUGUCAAGAUGUGCCACAAGCACGUAUUGUUGGAGGAUACGCACCAGUUCCACAUUCAAUCAAGUACAUUGUGUCGAUACAGACAACAGAGCGUCGGCACUUUUGUGGAGGCUCCUUGAUAAAUAAGUACUGGGUAGUCACAGCGGCACACUGUAACGUUGGGGUAAAUAAAAUGAUGAUAGUGGCAGGGGACUACUCUCUGACCAUCUAUGAGGGCACAGAGCAAGAAAUCCUGCCUCAUCUUUUGGUUCCCCACCCCGAGUACAACAGCACCACCAACAACAAUGACAUUAUGCUUAUCAAGCUGAAGGCCCCGGUCUAUCUGAACGGCUACGUUUCCAUCGCUCUGCUGCCCAGGCAGGGCGCCACAAUAGCAGAGGGCAGAGUGUGUCGAGUGUCAGGCUGGGGUUACACCAGCCCCAGUGGAGGCCAGAUACCCUCCACCCUCCGCACUGUCAAGCUCCCCAUCGUCUCCACAGAAAAAUGCAACAGCAGUGAGUCCUUCAACGGCAGCAUCACACAAAACAUGCUCUGUGCAGGUUACAGUGCAGGUGGAAAGGACGCCUGUCAGGGAGAUUCUGGGGGCCCGCUUGUAUGUGACGGCCGGGUCUACGGUGUGGUGUCCUGGGGGAAAGGAUGUGCUGAUGCCCAGUUUCCUGGAGUCUACACCACUGUGUCCAAGUAUCGCAGGUGGAUAGACAACACCGUAUUUAGCUACUACCACAGGUGUAACAACAAUUAG